CUUAACAGUAAUAUAUUUAGGAUGCGAAAUUUCACAAGGACAAAGAAGAUUAGGAGUCAAUCGAAUACGGGCUAUCUGCGAUAUUCCGGAACCUCAAAACUUACAUGAACUGAGGGCCUUCUUGGGUAUGACUGGUUGGUGCAGGCUAUGGGUAAUGGACUAUGGGCUCAUAGCUAAACCUCUCUAUGAAGCUCAAAAGGCCCAUGUGCUUGUCUGGGGAAAAGAACAAAAGGAGGCUUUCAGGAAGAUGAAAGAGGCCCUCACAAAGGCACCCGCUUUAGGUUUGCCUGACCUGUCAAAAGAUUUCCAAUUAUUUGUCCAUGAAAGACAACGAUUAGCUUUGGGGGUGCUAACUCAACGGUUAGGGAGCUGGAAACGACCAGUGGGAUAUUUCUCCAAACAGUUAGAUGCAGUAAGUGCAGGGUGGCCUUCGUGUUUAAGGGCGGUAGCAGCUACAGUCCUCCUAAUACAAGAAGCUAGAAAACUCACCUUGGGGAAACGCAUUGAAGUAUUUGUGCCACAUAUGGUAACUACAGUUUUGGAACAAAAGGGGGGUUAUUGGUUAUCACCUAGCCGAAUGAUGAAGUACCAGGCUAUACUAACUGAGCAGGAUGAUGUGACCCUAAACACAACUAAUCUGUUGAACCCAGCAGUUUUUCUAGGAACAUCGCCGGAAGAAGGAAGUCUGAACCAUAACUGUAUGGAAGUCAUUGAAUAUACGUAUGCCAGCAGGGCGGACUUGAAGGACACACCCCUAGAAAGGUAUGAUUGGGAACUUUUUACUGAUGGUAGUAGUUUUGUGGAAAACGGGACCCGAUAUGCAGGAUACGCAGUAACGACUUCAAGAACUAUAAUCGAAGCGAAUUCUCUAACCCCCGGGACCUCAGCACAGCGGGCAGAAAUAAUAGCCCUUACGCGAGCAUUAGAGUUGAGUGAAGGAAAGGAAGUGAAUAUAUGGACGGAUUCAAAAUAUGCCUUUGGAGUAGUUCAUGUGCAUGGAGCGUUAUGGAAGGAGAGAGGACUGCUGUCUUCACAAGGAGCUAACAUAAAGCAUCAAGAGGAAAUAAUGAAAUUAAUAACGGCUGUGCAAAAACCCCGGCAAGUGGCCAUAAUGCACUGUAAGGCCCAUCAAGGAGGAACAUCAGAAAUUGCAGAAGGAAAUAGGCUGGCAGAUCAGACAGCUCGACGGGUUGCACGAGAGGUAUGGAAACUGAUGGCCUUGAUUCCGUCGAAGGUAGGUCUCUCUCGUUUUAACUUCCCAAAGUUCCCAAGGUACUCCCAGGAGGAUGAGAAGCUGGCAAAACUGAUGAAGGCUCAAAAGAAUUCUGACGGAUGGUAUGUGACUGCUACCGGACAGGUGGUGAUACCCUCUUUGAUAAUGCGAGAAAUAUUACAAACAAAACACAACGAAUGUCACUGGGGUGCAGAAGCAAUGGUAACUUAUUUAAAACAUAAUAUUGUCUCAGUACAUAUGUUAACAAUGGCAAAAGCAGUGAUGUCCAAGUGUGAAAUUUGCUUAAAGAAUAACCCAGUGGCAAGAAAACAUGCCGAAAUGGGACGAAUUCGAACAGGCAUGGAACCAGGUGAUUACUGGCAAAUCGAUUUUAUAGAAUUACCAAGAAAAAGGGGAUAUAAGUAUCUAUUAGUGGGGGUAGAUACCUUUUCUGGAUGGCCGGAGGCCCUUCCCUGUCGCACCAAUCUAGCAAGGGAAACAGUGAAGUGGCUACUACGGGAAAUUAUCCCUAGGUUUGGUGUACCAUUAGGUAUCCCUUCAGAUAGGGGACCACAUUUCAUUGCGAUUGUGGUUAAAGAUGUUAGUAGAUUAUUGGGAAUCUCCUGGAAUUUACAUUCUCCGUGGAGAUCCCAGUCCAGUGGUCAAGUAGAGUGA